CCACUCACCUGAUAUAUUUUUUUCUCCCGUGGAUCUUCGUCUCCGUGGAAGAGUCGGAGGCAGACGUUGAGUGGGCAGAUCCGAGGGUGACAGGAGGAAGACCUUCAAUUCCGGACUUAAAUUAAGGAAUAAUUAACAGCAUGGACGGUUUCGGUGACAGUUUUGUACCACCUGCUGAGGGAGCUCCUGCCAAUGAAGUGGAUCCUGCCGCAGAGUUUUUGGCCCGUGAGCAGGACCAGUUAGCAGGCUUAGAGGAUGACCUUACUGCACCUGCUGCUCAGACAGAACAGCCAGCAGCACCCAUUGGCCUUGAUGGAGACGCUGACUUGUUUGGGGGUGUCCCUGUGAAUGGUGCCCCAGACCUCGAGAGUUUCGAGAUGCUGGGCAGAGAUGAGGUAGCCCAAGACAAAGCUGCUCCUCCUCCUGUCUUUGGUUCAGAGGACUUCGCGCCUCAGCCCAUGGGAGAAGAUCCCUGGGCCUCAACUCAGCCUUCUCAGCCAACGGAAGAGGCUAUAUCUCAACCGGAGGCGGAGGAGGGCCUCGGGUUUUCAGAGCCCCUUUCCUCCCAAAGUACCACAGUUGGUGAUGGAGAGGGGUUCCUGCCUGCCACUGACCUUGCAGGAGCAGCGGCAGAAGCAGCAACAGCACCUCAAGGGGAUUGUACGGGCUUUGGGGCUGACUUUGGGGGAGCGACUGUGCCUGCUGGUGAUACCGGCAUGUCUGCUGGGGCUUUCUCAUUUGUGGGUGAACCUGCAGUACAAGAGACAGCCGCUGAACCUGAGCCAGCACGGUCUCCUGUUCCACCUGUGGUCAGGGAAGAGCCUGAGAAAAUCAAGUUAUGGCGUGAGCAGCAGCGCUUGCGUCUUGAGGAGAAAGAUGCUGCAGAAAACAAAAACAAAGAAGAGUUGAAAGAGAAGGCUAGAAAGGAGCUGGAAGAUUGGUACAAGCAACAUGAGGAACAGGUGGCCAAGACUCGUCAAGCAAACAGAUCGGCUGAGAAGGAGCUGGUGGCUGAGACGGGGAAGAUGGAGCCCGGCACGGAGUGGGAGCGGAUCACCAAGCUCUGCGACUUCAACCCGAAGACCUCAAAGUCGUCGCGCGACAUCUCCCGCAUGAGAUCCAUCAUCCUCCAGGUCAAGCAGAACCCACCCAUCAAGGCAUAGAGGGGAGGCGGAAAGAGAGAGACAUUGCUUUGUGUUCUGAAAAGUUAAUUGUUAAAGCCUGCAGAGAGACGUUUAAUAUGAAUGCCAAAAUAGUGUGUUGUGGUUGGAUUAUUGGAUUUCCGAGUCGUUUGUUUUUUUAGAAAAAACUUCAGACUGGCGGAGUAGUUCAACCACAAGUAUUAGUGGUAAAAAAAAAAAAUUAUGUAAAAUUAUAUUGCAUGAAAAGUAAUCAGACUGUAUGAGGUUGCUAUGUAGAAUAUAUGGUUGUAUGAUAGAUCAUAACUUGGAAUGAAAGUUUCCAGGCCACUAUGGUGACUUAACCAAGUUUCAAAUGGCCCAAAGAAAUGAUGUCCUUUUAACUUUGCGAGUAUUUUUUUUUCUGUUAAAAUACUGUUGGAACUUUACAUUGUAAAAGCUCAGGUAAUUGAGCAUUCAUAGAAUCAAUGAAGAUCCUUCCUUUUGUCAGGGAAGACACGGUGCGGGAAGUCGACAAAUUUUCUGUAGAAACCAGUACAUCGUAUAUUUUAUUUAUCUUCAUAAUAAAAGUGCUUUAUUUAAGAUUGUAAUGUAAAUUUAGUUUGUAGAGUAAGAAAAAUUUCUGUGUAGCUUCUGCAGUAUUUGCAUUGGAUUGAAAGCAGUGUAUGAUUUCUUUUGCUUUUUGUCUUUAUAUAUAUAUAUAUUAAACAGUUGUGUUCAGACAUUCCUCAUAUUGUAAAUGGUAUGGAUAUUAAAUCAGCGAUGAAAAA